AUGUCUCUUAAGCAACUUGCUGUGAUAAAGCAUCUCUGCCUUGUUCGUGCACCGCCAAGCAGUGCAGAAGAGUCACCAUCGGCAGACGUGGAGCAACGGAGAGGGUGCCUGGAGGAGGACCUGUUGGCGCUGCUGGAGUCUGGGGAGGCGGCGGACGUGACGCUGAGGGUGGGCAGGCGAGGCGGCCGGCUGGCGGUGCACCGGGCGCUGCUGCUGGCUCGUUGCCCCGCGCUUGCCGCCGUGCUGCGCGUCAAGGGCGUGCGGCCCGCCGUCUUCGCGGAAGUCAUGCGCUUCGUCUACACGGGGAAGGCGGCGCUGGAGGCGGACUCGGCAGGGGAGGUGCUCGCUGCAGCUGAGAGGUUUUCCCUGCCAGAGCUUGCAGAUCGGUGCGAGCAGCUACUGAUGGAGGGCCUGAGUAUAGAAACGGCUGCAGCAACGGCCGUUGUGGCUGUCGCAAGUUGCCGGCCGGCCCUCACUAGUGCGGCUGUGGAGUUAAUCAGCAGACACGCCCCACAAGUGAUGGGGACGGAUGGCUGGAGGGCGGCCCUGCGGGACCACACAGAGGUUGCUGUGCGGAUCUGCUGCCUCGUCUCUGCUGCUGCUGCUCCUGCGGCAGUCUCUCCGGAUAUAAGCACCAACCCAGCAGAGGAUCUGAAUUGGAGGCUUCUGCAGGCAGCUAAGGAUGGAGCAGUGGAGGAACUGCGGGUGCUACUCGCUGUUGGGGCAGAUGUGGAGACAAAGGACGAGUAUAGGAAGACAGCUCUCCAGUGGGCAGCAGAGAGAGGGUAUGCGAAGGCAGUCGAUUGUCUACUGAGCAGUGGGGCAGAAGUGAACACCAGGGACAGAUGGCAGCUUACACCACUGCACAGGGCAGCAGAGAGGGGGCACCAGGAUGUGGUAACUGUGCUGCUGGAAGCAGGAGCAGACAAGUCGGCCAUGGACAACAGAGGGCGAACACCUCUGUACAUCGCCAAAGUGAUCAACAGGUGGCAAGUGAUGGACAUUCUGAAGUGA